AAUUUAACUCAUGUCCAGCUUUCUUUCAUGUUCAUUUUAUUCAAGGGCAUACCUUCCUUUUUCUGCUUCCUUUUUUUUCUUUCUUUCUUGGACACCUGCAACCUUUAUUGACAACCAAAAUGCAGGGCUAUAAAUGUAAGGGCGCAAUACAUCAUGAGAUAAGUCUAGAGAACAUGUCCUCUAUCAAAAUGCACAUGAAUCUCUGGAGCAGCUAAAAUUUUGGAAUCAUGCUAGGGUUUGUUAUGCAUGCUAAGCAGGGUCAAAACUGGGAGCUCUAGAUGGUCCUCUUUAUCUAUCCGAGGAUCUCCAAAGUUGAAAGGUUACAUUUGCGAAAUUGCAGCUGGGUUUCCUAGCAUUUGAUUCUAGCUCCUGCACAUCAAAGACUCCUAAUUGAAAGACAAAUCUGACAAUAGGAUAAUCUCCCGGAAAAAAAGAAAAUGUGACUUCUGAUCCCUUAUCUUGUUGACGAACUGAUGGAGAAGUUCAGAGGUGGUUGUUUAACCAGACAAAAUGAUAGAAAAAAUAUGUUUUCCAGCAAGAGCAUAAAGCUUGAAUAGCGCAGGGAAACACAUGUAAAGCAAAGGGUUGUUCUUUAUUCUGUCUACCAUGUCUGCUUUCCCCACCCCAGUUCAUAUGAUCAGCCACUCACCUCUUAGGCAAGGGCUAGCUAGUGUCUCCCAAGUCAGACUCACACCCUAAACACCAGGACACUGUAAAGUAGCAGCAUCUAGGCAUACUUUGAGAUCCCACAGUUUCUGCAUUUCAUAGUGUGUGUGUGGGGGGGGGGCGGUGCGGGAGGGGGUGAAAGGGAAAAGCAGCAUACCAAUGUAGUGAAAUCUGGAAACAACAGCAUAUAUACAGACAAAAAAAAAAGUUUGCAUAUUGCACAGAGCGCUUGAAGAUCAUAAAUCUAUGCAUGAGAAAGAUGUAGUGGAAAUUUUGGGGGGGAUUAGAGUUUAUUUUUGUCAUCUCUGUGAGACAGCUACUCAUUCAUCCAGAUCACAGCUAAGAAAAAAGCUGGUCACAGAAAUUAGCAGUUUCAGCUCAGCAGCGAAGUCGCCAGCCUGUGAAGGCAGAGAGAAAUUGACUAAUUAGCAAUGCGCACUAAAACUUGACGGUUCUUUAUAGAGAGAGAGAAGAGAGAGGGAGAGAGAGGGAGAGGGAGGAGGGGGGGCACGCUUUUUCCCCUUCUUUCUUCCAAAGAUGUUUGAAAUCGCAGUCAUUUACGCUCGACAAUUUUUACAAUAGCCUUGAGCCAUAAUUUUGCGAGUCUCUCCAGCAUCCAUCCCCCUGUAUGGUCUCUCUCUACUGGCCAAGCACGACCGUUUCUCUCCCCAACCGUGGAUUUCCUAUUACUCUCGUUACGACUCACUGAGCCCCAGGCCCAAGGAUAAUGAUGUGUUGUUUCUUGGUAGCAUAAUUUGUCACACGUACAUUUUUUCUUCUUCUUCUCUUGCAGAAAGCUCUGCUCCCUCUCUCUCUCUCUCCCUCUCUCUCUCCCUCUCUCUCUCUCCCUCUCUCUUUCUCUCUUUUCUCCCUCUCCUACAUUUUCUUGCUGUUGCUAAUUCAUGGUGAUCAAAUGAUGUACGACAAAAUAAAUUGUAAAGAGUGACUGCCUGGAGUUGGGAACCAGAAGGUGUUCUCCCCCUCCCAAGGAGAGAGCAAACCUUUAAAAAAGGAAGGACAAUUGAUUUUUGGGGGGGAGCUUAAGUGAGCCUUGACUUUGCAGCUGGUUGAAAGCAGGCUGGAGGAGGGUUUAAAGCCAGGUGCGCCGAGUCAGCUCGCCAUGUCCAGAUCCGGGGACAGGACCUCCACCUUCGACCCCAGCCACAGCGACAACCUGCUGCACGGCCUGAACCUGCUGUGGAGGAAACAGCUGUUUUGCGACGUGACCCUGACGGCCCAGGGCCAGCAGUUCCACUGCCACAAGGCCGUGCUGGCCUCCUGCUCGCAGUACUUCCGAUCGCUCUUCUCCAGCCACCCUCCCCUCGGGGGAGGGGUCGGCGGCCAGGACGGCCUGGGGGCCCCCAAGGACCAGCAGCAGCAGCCUCAGCAGCCGCCGCCACAGCAACAGCAGCCGCCGCCACAGGAGGAGCCCGGGACUCCAUCCUCCUCCCCCGACGACAAGCUGCUGACCAGUCCCCGGGCCAUCAACAACCUGGUGCUGCAGGGCUGCUCGUCCAUUGGGCUGCGCCUGGUGCUCGAGUACCUCUACACGGCCAACGUGACCCUGUCCCUGGACACGGUGGAGGAGGUGCUGUCGGUCAGCAAGAUCUUGCACAUCCCCCAGGUCACCAAGCUCUGCGUGCAGUUCCUCAACGACCAGAUCUCGGUGCAGAACUAUAAGCAGGUGUGCAAGAUCGCAGCCCUGCACGGCCUGGAGGAGACCAAGAAGCUGGCCAACAAGUACCUGGUGGAGGAUGUGCUGCUGCUCAACUUCGAGGAGAUGCGCGCCCUGCUGGACUCGCUGCCGCCCCCCGUGGAGUCAGAGCUGGCACUCUUCCAGAUGUCCGUGCUGUGGCUGGAGCACGACCGCGAGACCCGCAUGCAGUAUGCGCCCGACCUCAUGAAGCGCCUUCGCUUCGCACUCAUCCCGGCCCCGGAGCUGGUGGAGCGGGUCCAGUCAGUGGAUUUCAUGCGCACCGACCCGGUCUCUGAUGGAAUUCGCUCUAACAAGAAAAUGCUAUUAUUGGUUGGAGGAUUGCCUCCUGGGCCGGACCGUCUUCCCAGCAAUUUGGUUCAGUACUACGAUGAUGAAAAGAAGACAUGGAAAAUACUCACAAUUAUGCCAUACAACAGUGCCCACCACUGCGUUGUGGAGGUAGAGAACUUCUUGUUUGUGUUGGGCGGAGAGGACCAAUGGAACCCUAAUGGAAAACACAGUACAAAUUUUGUCAGCCGAUAUGAUCCCCGAUUUAAUAGCUGGAUACAACUUCCACCCAUGCAAGAAAGAAGAGCCAGUUUCUAUGCAUGUCGGUUGGACAAACAUUUAUACGUUAUCGGUGGAAGAAAUGAAACCGGCUAUUUGUCCAGCGUGGAGUGUUAUAACCUAGAAACAAAUGAAUGGCGUUACGUGUCCUCUUUGCCUCAGCCUCUGGCAGCUCAUGCAGGAGCAGUGCACAAUGGGAAAAUAUACAUUUCAGGGGGUGUACACAAUGGAGAAUAUGUCCCAUGGCUAUAUUGCUAUGACCCCGUAAUGGAUGUCUGGGCUCGGAAACAAGAUAUGAACACAAAACGCGCCAUCCACACUUUGGCUGUAAUGAAUGAUCGCUUGUAUGCGAUUGGAGGAAAUCAUUUGAAAGGUUUCUCCCACCUUGAUGUAAUGCUCGUGGAAUGCUAUGACCCAAAAGGCGACCAGUGGAAUAUUCUCCAAACUCCCAUUUUGGAGGGUCGAAGUGGUCCUGGCUGUGCAGUGCUUGAUGACAGCAUUUACCUUGUGGGAGGCUACAGCUGGAGUAUGGGGGCCUACAAGUCAUCUACAAUAUGCUAUUGUCCAGAAAAAGGCACCUGGACAGAACUGGAAGGAGAUGUAGCAGAGCCGCUGGCAGGCCCAGCCUGUGCAACAGUUAUCCUGCCUGCCUGUGUCCCGUACAAUAAAUAACACCAGCAAGCCCUGGAAUGAACAGUAUCUCAUUCUAGGAAACAAUGACAGCUGACAUCACUAUUAUUCUAGGAACAAUGUAUUCAAAUGGUACAACUGCCAAAACCAACCGUUGGUUGCUGAUGAUUUCCAAGUAACUCCAAAAGAAAAAAGACCUGUUCUUAAACAGAUACUGUGUCUGUAACUUGGAUCACACCAAACUUCCUGUGGUGACAGACUCUUCCAUUUCAGACUGGUUUUAACUUGUCCCAGCUUUACAAAAACUCCCCACGUGGGUCUUAACUUUCAAAAGGAGAAAGAUAAAAUACAGAAGAGCGCCCCCCCCCAGAGAGACCUCAGAUCAGUAUUGUGCAUUGUUGUCUACCUGCAUGUGAUCUACGUUGAAGUUUUGGGGAUAUUGUGUUCAUUAAUAUUCAAAAUUGGACCCACUAAAAUACUUACCCUGCAUUACAGAAAUUGCCACUUGAUUCUAUAUUCCUAACCUGUGGCUACUUCACAGACUCCAUAGGCAACACAGUUAGAGAGAACCAUGUACGAUUAAAGAGAAACGCUUUUAUUUCUAUAUAACUUUAUUUCAUACACCUUCUGCCCCUUACAGCAUCUUAUGGGUUCAGAGAAGAGAAAGAUGUUGACUCUUGUAGCAAUUGCUUCCUGGCCUGUAGACUCUAGGCUAGGCAGAGUUAUAAUUUCCGUGUCCUUAAUUUUACUGAAAGAGUAAAAACAAACUACACUAUGUCACUAUUCAGUUCAUGGAGACUUUCUCAUUUUUUGUUUUUUGCAGUAUAUAAAUAAGUAGUGAACUCACCUGUUAUUUGUUUCAAAUGGUAGGACUGACAGACAGUCAUAAAAUAUUGAAGAGAUUGUGUUGGAUAAUGCCUCUGACCCAAACUUAACUCAAUGAAAACUGGGAGAUUGCUUUCAGGAAUUUAAGGACAAAAAGAAAGGAUAAUUUAAGUACAGUCCCAGCUGUCUCUAUGCCCCUAAAACAUACACCUUAAAAGAGCCACAGGAGCAAAUGAUAGCUCCUAACAAACACUUCCCCCUCUUCCUCACCUUGGCUCUAGAAAUGGCUCUAGAUUUGGCUCUAGAAAAGCACAUGACUUAUCCUAUUUUCCCAACUCAUCCUUUGUGUUUGUAAUCACCAGAGAUGCCUGGGCUCAGUUAAGCAAGCAAUUUCAAGUUGUCUUUAGGAGCCUAAGAAAUUUAGGAGCAGAAGGUCAGAAGAGCAUGAGAUCAUCUCAGUGUGGUCAGUCAAAAGAAUAAAACUGGCAUGGAUUUGAUUUUCAAGCUCUUCAGAGCUGGAUAAACAUCCGUUAGGAAUAAAUAAAAUCCAAAAAUAUUUUUUUAAUCACCCAGAGAUGUUGAAUCGCUCAACAAAUGUGUCAUUCAAAACAACACCAUGGGGAAGCCACAGAUUUAAAAUGCCUCGUGAUAAGCUUUCACUGCGAAGCAUGUCGAGAUGGACAGGUGUCCUGGAAUCCAACGCCGUUUCUACAGUAAAGUGCAAUCUUUGUUGUUUUUGUAUUUAUUUGUAUGUUCAGAUCCAAAGGAUCCGUUGUAAAAAUAUAUAGAUAAAUAUAUAUCCAGUGCAAUCAACUUUCAUUUCUUUUUCCUUGAAAACAUGAAUAUAUAGCAAGAAAAAAAGUUACAGUACUUUGUGGGAAAAUCUCAGCUGACAGCACGAAGAGAACAAGGUCUGCUUCAGAAUCUUUUAUUGUCAACUGUCACCAUUUCGUCUGAACAUCACAGUUUAUACAAGGAUAUUUGCUUUCCUUAGACUUGUUCUCCAUUUAUUUUUUAUUUCUAACCAAAAUAAAUAAAAGCAUUAUGAGAACUAUAAGCAAAGCUUUCUGUAUUUCAGAAAGACACAAACUAUUAGAAAGUGAAAAGUGAAUAAAUAAGUCACAGAUGAUGUAAAUUUUGUACAGUAUUAGAAUGUGUAAAUGAAGCUUGCUUGGAA